AUGAUCCCGCAGACCUUCAUUACGGUGAUCCUUUAUGCAACUGUGAUGUCAGUGGCCAGCGAGCAAUGCGAAGAUGGCUCAUUGAACCAACAUCUCUGCCAAAAGAAGUGUAAUUUCAGCCAUUGUUCCUGUAAAAUGACAGAAACAACUCCAUUUAGCAGCUGUUCACAAAGCUGCAAUUUUCUUUCUUCGUGUCCAACAAUGACCUGUUCUGGUAAGUAAACAUUGAGAAGUCUAUUGCUUAAGCUGAGAGAAGAAAGCCUUAAAGAUAAGAAAGCAUAAAACGCAUUUUGGUGACUCACUGGCGCUUCACGAGCACUAAAUGUGACCGGCUUCCCAAUCCACCGAUCAUACUCUCUACUCUCAACGAUCUUAAGCCGCCUUUUUUGAUGAUUUUUUUCCUUUACUCAAUCACACUGAUACACUGCGAAAGUUACAGAAAUUGCAUAGUUACAUAAUAAAGAAUUAGGAAAGAGGAAAGAGACGAAGUGCAUCUAACACGUAUAACACAUUUGAAAAAUAUAAUGACCUGACUGUAUAACUGACUAAGGCACUUACCAUUUGUCACAACUGAUUGGCCACAUCAGGGUAGUCCUAAGGAGAAUUUCCUGAUUAAUCAGGACUAUCCAGACAGGUUCGGUUGAUUCCUAAAUGGUAUGAUGAUGGGGUUUAGUCAAGGAAAUUUUUUUAGAAAAGUGACUGAUACUUCAUUUUCAAAAUGACUGGGUUGGCUGGCCAGGUCUGACUUUCCGAAAGUGCCCUUAAUCUGCUUUCAGAAUAGAAAAACCUCUGGGACCAGAGUUAAGAUCGUGGCGAUAACACAGGAAAUAGUGAACGCUCGUUCGCCCGAAAUCACACUUGUUCUACAGGCGAUAACAAGAAACAAGAACUAGCAAUAGAAUAACCCAGAAACAAGAGACACAGGCUAAGCUAUCCUGUAGGAUCACAAAAACGCAAAUUUUCGAUUUCAAUUUCCCUGUGCUAUGUAACAGAAAAGAAGCCUGUUUCCUUUGUAUGCCUAAUUAUCAACUCUCAGUAGUCAAGCUAUCCCAACCAACUCCCGGCCGGUUAAAGUGUUCUGUAAUGACAACUUUAGGUAUAGGUCCUGGCGAUCAAAGCGAAAUUACAGAGGCACCCGAUUAAGACGUCCAAGGGUCAAUUAACUUUGUCGUUCCUUAACCGUAUACCUACUCUUUUUUGCUUGUUGACCACUAAAGGAUAGAGCGUCAUAUGUGCUUGUAGCCGGGUACCCUUGCACGCAUGGCGAGAAGGCAGCCGCUCCCGCCCAAUACUGUCCACGCAGUCUCCCCAUUUAUGUUGGAAUGAUAUACAUGCUACCAUUGUUAUGGAUAGUUGUUACAACGCCAAGAAUAUCGUAUUCAAGUAAUUGUACUUUUAGAUCGUGAACAGGAAAUUGACGUACUUUGCUUCUUACUUCAGGUAGAAAUGCGUGCGCCCAGAAGUGCUUCUUCGGAAUGUGUAAUAUGAACUGUGCUUCCAGUAAGUUAUGCUCCCAGUCGUGCGUAUGGAAGGCAAAAUGUCGUCACAUCAAGUGUUCAGCUUCCACUUGCAACCAGGUCUGCACCAACUGCACCAUGGAGUGCGUCAAAGGAGUAGAAAGAUGUGAUCAGAUGUGCUUAGGAGGAGACUGUCGAAUGGAGUGCUUUGCCCAACACUGUAAGAGGCAAUGUUUUAAAGGAAAAUGUUACUACAUUGGACAGUCACAAAGCAAGGCACCGAUUAUUUAUGGCUGGAUUUGGAUUUUUACAACAGUUGUUUUUAUGCUACUGCUAAAGACCUGA